UGGGAGGCCACGUUCUGCGUGGGUCAGUUUUCGUCGAGCGGAGGGCGCGCAGCUCCACCGUUGCCAGGGCGCCGCGUAUACAUCCGAGCGCGCGCAGCCAGGUGCGCUCCUUGGGGCUGCUGGCUGCUGCGUUUGCGGCGGGAGGUGGUCGCCGCGGGCCCACGAGAGGGGGUAUUUUUCGUCAGCCAAGAUGGGUUCCAAAAGGAGAAAUUUGAGCUGUAGUGAAAGGCAUCAGAAAUUAGUAGAUGAAAACUACUGCAAAAAAUUACAUGUCCAAGCUCUAAAAAACAUCAACAGUCAAAUCAGGAAUCAAAUGGUGCAGAAUGAAAAUGAUAACCGUGUUGAGCGCAAGCAAUUUCUCAGAAUAUUACAAAAUGAACAAUUUGAGUUGGAUAUGGAAGAGGCCAUUCAAAAGGCAGAAGAAAACAAGAGAUUGAAAGAACUCCAGCUCAAACAAGAAGAAAAACUGGCUAUGGAAUUGGCAAAACUGAAACAUGAAAGUCUAAAGGACGAAAAGAUGAGGCAGCAAGUAAGAGAAAACAGCAUUGAGCUUAGAGAAUUGGAGAAGAAAUUAAAAGCAGCUUACAUGAAUAAAGAAAGGGCAGCUCAGAUUGCUGAAAAGGAUGCCAUUAAAUAUGAACAAAUGAAACGUGAUGCUGAAAUAGCCAAAACCAUGAUGGAAGAACACAAGAGAAUAAUAAAGGAAGAGAAUGCUGCAGAAGACAAACGAAACAAAGCAAAAGCACAAUACUAUCUUGACUUAGAGAAACAACUUGAAGAACAAGAAAAAAAAAAGCAGGAAGCUUAUGAGCAGCUGCUAAAAGAGAAACUCAUGAUUGAUGAAAUUGUUAGGAAGAUCUAUGAAGAAGAUCAGUUGGAAAAACAACAAAAGUUAGAAAAAAUGAAUGCAAUGCGAAGGUAUAUAGAAGAGUUUCAGAAAGAGCAGGCUCUCUGGAGAAAAAAGAAACGUGAGGAGAUGGAAGAAGAAAACAGAAAAAUCAUAGAGUUUGCUAACAUGCAGCAGCAAAGAGAAGAAGAUCGGAUGGCAAAAGUUCAAGAAAAUGAGGAGAAAAGGCUACAGCUUCAGAAUGCGUUGACACAGAAAUUAGAAGAAAUGCUGCGGCAACGUGAAGAUUUGGAACAAGUGCGACAAGAAUUAUACCAGGAAGAACAAGCUGAAAUAUAUAAGAGCAAGCUAAAAGAAGAAGCAGAAAAGAAAUUGAGAAAGCAAAAAGAGAUGAAGCAAGAUUUUGAAGAACAAAUGGCCUUGAAGGAAUUAGUGCUACAGGCUGCAAAAGAGGAAGAGGAGAACUUUAGAAAAACUAUGCUAGCUAAAUUUGCUGAGGAUGAUCGAAUAGAAUUAAUGAAUGCUCAGAAACAAAGAAUGAAGCAGCUGGAACACAGGAGGGCUGUGGAAAAACUUAUUGAAGAGCGUCGCCAACAAUUCCUUGCAGACAAACAACGUGAACUAGAAGAGUGGCAGUUGCAGCAAAGGCGGCAAGGAUUUAUUAAUGCAAUUAUUGAAGAAGAAAGGCUAAAACUUCUCAAAGAGCAUGCUACAAACUUACUAGGCUAUCUCCCUAAAGGAGUAUUUAAAAAGGAGGAUGAUAUUGAUCUGCUUGGUGAAGAGUUCAGGAAAGUAUAUCAGCAAAGGAGUGAAAUUUGUGAAGAGAAAUGAUAUCAUCAAAAUUAGGUAAAGCAUAGAUUUUUUGUAUGUUACCACUAGAUGUCAGCAUAACUUUUGUUUUACAGUUCAGUGGCAUUAGGUAUCCAUUGUCUAUUUGGAUUUUGUAUCUAUUUGGAUUUUGUAAAUCGUCACUGAAUUUCAUAACUUGUAAACAAUUAUCAGAUAAAAAUUAAUUUUAAUCAAACUGUCAUUUUUGUACUGACAAUUUCAAAAUCCGAUUUCUACAACACUACAGAGCACUGUUUGCAUCCCAUCCUCAAGACAGUAUAUUUACCUUGACUAAUACAGAACUCUACCCCAAAGUGAACUGCCUUCUGUCUGUCUUUAGGAACUUUACUUACUUGAUUUAGCCAGGGAAAUAAAUAUUUGGAAUUUUCUUUUAAA